AUGAGUAAAAGUACAAAAGAUCAAGUUGAACAAAUUCCAAAGGAAAAGAAUUAUUAUGGUAGUCCACAAUUCAAAGGUAGAACUCUAUUCAAGGUGGCAAUAGCAGGUGAUAUUGAUACUGGUAAAUCAACAAUAGAGAAACAAUUAACUGGUCAACCAGUAAAUAAUGCUCCCGGAGGUAGAUAUGCAGGUCACUCAAAUCUUACACUCAAUAUAAACAAACAAGAGGUUAAUGUUCAUUUUUUUGAUUCUCUUGGACAAGAAAGAUGUGGUAAACUUCCAACAGCCUAUUAUAGAUCAGCAGAUUUCAUCUUUGUCGUCUAUGAUAUUACAUCAAAUGUUUCAUUUACCAAUUUGGUUGGUUGGUUAGCUGCAGCACAACAACCACAAAUAAGUACAGUCACACCCAAUAUCCUCAUUAUUGGUAAUAAAUUAGAUCUAGUCAAAGAUGGGUCUUCUGGAAGAGAGAGAGCCAUCACAUUUGAACAAGCACAAAAAUUUGCCAAUCAAAAAGGUUUACAGUAUCUAGAGAUUAGUGCAUUCAAAGGUGAUAAUUGUCAAUCUAUUAAAGACCAUCUAACUAAUUACAUUCAACAAAAAAUGAAUGAACAAUAA